AUGGAAAGCCGAGAAUUCCUUCUUACGUCGUCCCAAGACUGUCAACAAAAUUCGGCAUGCCUGUGGGACUACACCACCAAAAAUGCAUUGAAAAUCUACAGGAACGGAGGCGUCGUGCCUCCGAAGUCUUUAGCAGUGAUAGGAGAAGAUUACAUUCUUACUUCGGAAGCUGCAAAACCUCUAUUGCACGUGUGGCCUUUGAAUAGUCAAGAAAUCGACAAAAAUAUUCGACUUAUAUUACCAGGUCCAGCUACAUGUCUAGCUAUAUGCCCCCAAAAUACAUACAUAGUUAUAGCAAUAUCAACAAAACUCUAUGUUUGGCAGCUAAGUUCUGGAAAACUUCUUUCUGUACAAAAAAAACAUUAUCAACCAAUAACGUGCAUUAAAUUUUCCAGCGACAGCGAAUAUGUCGCUCUAGGAGGAGAAGAUGGAAUUUUGAUAGUCUAUUUCCUAGCUGAUUUGGUUGCAAUUCAUCAUAGUUUAUUAAGCCAAAGUAGCAUUGGAGAAGUAGAACCAGUUUACACAAAAAAUGACCACAGUAUGUCUAUACGAGACAUACAUAUAGGUACAUUUGGUAAAAAUGCAAGAUUAGCCACUUGUUCAUCAGAUUUUACAGCCAAUAUAUAUAAUUUAUUCAGCGGAGACAUCCUCCUCACCAUCGUUUUUAAUCAAGCUUUCACAAGUGUCCUAAUUGACUCUCCUUGCUGGAAUCUUUAUUUGGGCUCCAAUUCAGGGCUUGUCAAACAAUUCGAUUUAAAGAAACCUCCAAGAACUUUAACCGUACAUGUAGAAAAUACUGCUAGCAAAGACUUUAUUGGCCAUGAAGGCAAAAUUGUCGCCAUGGGAUUAAAUUUCACAAAUCAAAUUUUAGCCACAGGCGGUGAAGACGGUUUCGUCUACACCUGGGAAAUAACAAGCAGGCAAAUACUGCAAAAAUUCGAACACAAAGCUGCAAUAACAAAUCUUCAAUUUGUACAAAAUUAUGCUAAUUUUUUCGAGCAAAAUUUCAAGCCUAUAAUUGCCAUUAAACCUUUGGAACGAAGCGUGGAGCAAGAUUCUGAUGAUUUCACAGUGGCCAUAAUUCAAAAGACGGACAUAGAUUUUUCAGACGAUGAAAAUAGUGUGGAAAAAGAAAUGUCGAGAGAAAAACUUGAAGAAGAAAACGUGAAAUUGCGAAUUGCUAAUGCUCAAUUGUUCAGGGCGGCAUUGGAGAUAAGCAGGAAAUAUAACUGCUGA